AUGUUGUCUUUCUCACUAUUCAUCCUUACUCUCCCAACGAUUCAUCCUUACUCUCCCAACGAUUCAUCCUUACUCUCCCAACGACCUUUCACUAUUUCACCUUUUGUCUCAUAUCACCGUUUACAUCCACCAUCGCUAUCCGCCCCGGCGGCCAAUCAGCCAAUCAAACAACCCUUAGUUCUGCCCUCAGUCAAGCGCCCCGCUAACCUUCAGUCAGUCAAGCAGGCUAAUUUUAUUUUACUCGCCCCGAAUACACUUCUCACUCUGCACACCCACACUCUCCUUCUCUCACUCUCUCUCUCUCUUUCUCUCUCUCUUUUCUUUCUCCCUCCCCAUUCUCUCGCCCAUCCACCAACUGCAAAUAAAGCCUUUUCCUUCUUGCUCUUUAUUUGCUUUAUUCUCCUUUCUCUCUCUCUCUCUCUCUCUCUCUCUCUCUCUCUUUCUCUCUCUCGUACAAAAUAUGCUCCCUCCUUUAUUAUGCCCUCUCAUCGCUCUCUCUCUAUAUUCUCUAUGGAAAUAAAAUAA